AUGGCGGACCUCCCUACCUUUCGCAAUCUCUUGCUCGAGAGACAUGGUGAUGUAUUCGUUCUGACCAUGCAAAAGCCCCCGGAAAAUCGAUUGAACUCAUGGUACUGCCAGGAGAUGAUUCGUGCUUAUCGAACAGUUGAGAGGCUACUAGGCCCUGACUCCGAAGGCGCGGUCAUUACGCAAGGCAAUGAUGCUAAGUUUUGGUGUACUGGGCUGGAACUGGAUGAAUCCGACAAGAAUCCAUUCGCAAAUACGGACGGCUUCUAUCCACUAAUACAUACAAUACUUGAUUUCCCAUUUCCUACUAUCGCAUUGAUUACUGGUCACACAUUUGGUGGCGCUUGCCCUCUUGCAUUGGCGCACGAUUAUCGCAUCAUGAAUUCACGCCGGGGCUUUAUCUCCAUGCCGCCUGUGGAUCUAGGCUUGCAUUUUGAUGGCAUUGGAUCUCUUCCAAGGCUCAAAUUGCGCCCCCAAAUUGCACGUAAGAUGCUCCUUGAGGCGCACAAGUGGACUGCGAAAGAGGCAUUGGAAGACGGGAUAGUUGAUGCUAUUGCCGAACCAGAGCAGAUGCUUGAUGCUGCGCUGGACCUUGGAAAUAAGGUUGCACCUAAGGCAAGGAUGGGCGUCUAUGCACUGCUUCGUCAAGAGCUUUGGGGCGAUGCUAUCAAGAAAUUCCAGCGAAUCAGCUAUGUUCAUGGGCGAAAGACCUCCGCCCCUGCAAAGGUCAAAAUUUGA